GCAGCCUCAUAGUAGACUCUAGAGAGGCAAGGUUGAGUAUAUCUCCUAUAGAGACAACGGACGAGGGAGAAUACAAAUGUGAAAUUACAUUCUUAGAUAUUAGUAAAAACUGUCCUGUAGUUCAACUAGUUAAACUUACAACCCUCUCACAACCUAGAUAUGUCAACCUUUCACUUUCUACAGGAGCAGGGACUAGAACACUUCUAGCUAAUAGUGUUGUUGGACCGUUUAACCAAGGAACUGAGUUGACCCUCAUCUGUGAGAGCGGGGGAGGAAAACCUAUACCACAGGUUACCUGGUAUAUGGAGGGAAAACCGGUUUCUGGUCGAACCAGUAGCAGUGAGGACUCUGACCGGCGUGGGACUGGUCGAAGUGAGAUCACUCUAACAGUGGACCGGAAACAGCUAGGAGCUAAACUAGAGUGCAGAUCUAAGAACGAGGCUCUGGAAUCUCCUCUAGUGGCCUCUGUACAGUUGGAUAUUAGCCUCCGGCCGGAAACUGUUAAAAUCUCCGGCGGCGAGGUUACUCUCCGGCAGGGUGGCGAGGUUAGGUUGACCUGCCUCGCUGCAGGCUCUCGACCUGCAGCCGUACUUACCUGGUUUAAUGGUAGCAGCCUCUAUCCUCAUCAGCCAGCAGGACAGGUGAAUCUACAAGAGGAUGGAACAUAUACUACAUCCAGUACUCUUGUAUUUCCUGCCUCGAGGUUCGAGGACAACCAGAAGAUGUUCUGCGAGGCCAAGAACGAGGUUAUUGAAUAUUACGAAGAGGAAGCUUUGAGAGCGGAUACAAGAUUGGUUGUACUGUACCCCCCUGUGGUGUACACCUCUCCAACUAACCUGACUGUGAACAGCAGCCAGCAGGCCAGCAUCAGAUGCAGUUACAAAUCUAACCCAGCUAAACUAACACAGGUGAAAUGGUUUUUGAAUGGUGAGGUGCUAAAUACGAGGGAACGAGGGAGGUUUAUAGGAGGGACAAUUGAUCAACCCUCGCUAACUAUUCUUAGAUCUAGUAAACAAGAUAGAGGAUCAUACUCAUGUAUUCUAGAGAACGAGAUGGGAUCCGGAUCAUCCCAAGGUUCAACAACCCUCGACGUUUAUCAUCCUCCGACUGUUCGGAUCCGGAUGCAACCGGACUCUCCCAUCCGGGAACCAGAUCAGAGUAGCGUAAGCUUGCACUGUGACGUGGUGGACGGUAACCCUAGUAAACUGACCAGCGUGCUUUGGUAUAAAGACAAUAUCCUAGUUAAACAACUACCACAGUGUCAGGAGUCCUCUGAACUGUGUGGAGUGGAUCCCAGUAUACUACUCCUAGAAAAGGUCUCAAGGCAGUCUCAUGGAAAUUUCUCCUGUAGAGGAUUGACGGAAGCUGGAGAGAGUCGAAUGUCAGACCCUGUUCCUCUUAUUGUUUACUAUCCUCCAGGAAACGCGACCAUCGCAAAAGAUUCAGAUACAAUUAUCAAAGGUGGUCGAUUGACCUUGACCUGUGAAGUGCCUGAACCUGGUCGACCUGCAGCUACUGAAUACAUCUGGAGGCGUGGUGGUCACGAACUGCGUGGUGUAAGUAGCUCCAGCUGGUUGGUUGACCCGGUCACACUCGAGACACAAUCAGAGAUUUCCUGCCAGGUACA